ACUGAAAUAUAUUGAAGGGGUACCACAAAAGGCAAAAAAUAAUUGGGAAGCACCCCCCACCCACAUUGUGAAUUUGUCCCCAAAUGUGUAAGCUCUAGCGUUCCCUUCCCCCUACUAGUAUCAUAGUGGUAAGUGCCUGUAGCCUAGAGAAAGCCACACUGCGCCAUUGUUGUCGGGCUGUUUUUAUUGAAAGGUCUAUUGAACGCUCAGUUCCAUUCAUCCGAGACCCCUUUGAGGCAGCCCAGCCCUGCAGUCUGUGUGAAACCUGCAGUGGGACCUGUUGCCUUUGUGACCAAGAUGGCCGCUGCCCCUUGCCUGGGGCUGGGCCUGUGUGCGCCAUAAUUUCUGCUAAAACAUUCUUUGGUACCACUUUUUUUUCUUUGCUUGUUUUUAAAUAAAAUUCAGAAAAGCACAUAGAACAAUAUUAAAUAUUGUGUUUCCAUCACCCCAAAGUAACACUGGUGGUUGCAAGUAACUACCACUCACCUCCUGCGCCCAUUGGUCCCAACUCCACAUGGAGGCCACAGACUCAAUUUGGGUUACACCUCUUCCAAAUUUUGGAGUCCCGAUGGCACUAGGCGUCUGUCACAUCACUCACACAGACACUGAAGCCACCUCUGCAGAGCUCUAGCUUUCCUGUUUAAACUUGAAGCUCCUCCAGGGUAAGGACUUGCUUUCCUCUAUCUACAGCAUCUGGGGAAGGAUUGCCGAUGAUAGGUGCUCGAGAGAUGUGCAAGUUGAACUGAAGCAAGGGUGAAAGGCAGAGGAGACAGGAGACUGUGAAUGUGGGGAAUAUGGGGUCGGGAAAGAGUCCGAGAGUCCUUGCAGUCAAGGGCCAUGAAGCCCCCAGGAGGAGAAUCGAGCAAUCUUUUUGGAAGUCCAGAAGAAGCUACUCCUUCCAGCAGGCCUAAUAGGAUGGCGUCUAAUAUUUUUGGACCAACAGAAGAACCUCAGAACAUACCCAAGAGGACAAAUCCCCCAGGAGGUAAAGGAAGUGGUAUCUUUGACGAAUCAACCCCCGUGCAGAGUCGACAGCACCUGAACCCACCUGGAGGGAAGACCAGUGACAUUUUUGGGUCUCCGGUCACUGCCACUUCACGCUUGGCACACCCAAACAAACCCAAGGAUCAUGUUUUCUUAUGUGAAGGAGAAGAACCAAAAUCGGAUCUUAAAGCUGCAAGGAGCAUCCCAGCUGGAGCAGAGCCAGGUGAGAAAGGCAGCACCAGAGAAGCAGGCCCCGCCAAGGAGCAGGAGCCCAUGCCCACAGUCGACAGCCAUGAGCCCCGGCUGGGGCCGCGGCCUCGCUCUCACAACAAGGUCCUGAACCCACCGGGAGGCAAAUCCAGCAUCUCCUUCUACUAAGACAAGCCACUGCUCCACCCGGAGCCAGACCAGAAACUCAAGAGAUAGGGUAGCAAUGUUUUCAUUUCCUUUUGCCCAAAUGAGCGGGGUGGGAAGAGGGUUAGUCUUGUGUGAGCCUGGCUGCUCAGCGUCAUGAGACGCUGCUUGGAGACCCGUGCCUUCCAGACAGCUGGGAGAUGCCUCUGUGGGGAUGAAAUGGGGCACCCCUGGCCAUCACUCAUGUGUAGUCCAGGUUUGAGAGGAACUGGAAGGGGGGUGAGGGUGGGGAGGUGGGGCAGGGCAUGGUCCUUGGAUCAACAGUCCGCCAGCUGAUUGGAUGUCUAGGAAUGACUGAAAGAAACCAAAACAACCUGUCUGCUGCUGCUGUGGGAUGGAGGAGGUGUAAGCAGAAACACUAACAGUGUAUUGACCUCUCAGCAGAACGGCUUCCAUUCUGGAGAUCACAGCUGCUAAAUCCAGCAUCCCCACUUCAUUUUACCCCCAGCGUAUUGUUCUGCAGUCUUUUCUUGAAACAUCUUGAUUGCUUUUCCUCGGCAGCUUUCAAAAAACCAAAUAAUAAUUGUUAUCCGUCUUCUACUUCAUGGAAGAUUGUAUUGGUGCCCUGACCCUCUGAAGUGCCCAGUUCCUGCUAUCUGAAACCUUGGCCUGAUCUGAUCUCAUGUCGGAAUCUGCCUGUCUUUCACACAGGGCUGGUCUUGGUCCUUUACAUGCCAGUUUUGCUUGUGAAUUCUUCCUUUUUUCCUCUCAUUAGCCUUAAGUCUAGGCCUUUGUUGUUCUCCAAUGAUGUAGACAGUUCCCUUCACAAGCCACAGUUCUUCCCAUAAAUGAGGUCCACUGACCUUUGCGGGACUUUAAAAAUCUAUUCAGAUAUUUCCGAGUAAGUGGCUUGUUUAAAUUCUUCCUGUGUCUUACUUUAUUCCGUAAUUGGUUGGUGGAAAGAAGAGAUGCUUGGGAACCUUGGGUUCUUGGGUUUGGAUUCUUUAAUAAUACCUAAAAAGCUAAAUUUUAAAUACCAGCUUUACAUAAAUGAUUGUUGACUCUGGUCUGUUUCUGACACCUUUCCAGAAAAAAGUCAAUUGUUCAGGUACACCAAAGAGGAAGAAGAGCUGUGUAGGCCACCCUCUACAAAGCUUUAUAGAACCUCUGGAUCUAACUCACAAACAAGCUUCCAGAAGAGACUAGAGACCUUAGGCCAGGAGAUGAAGGAGUUCAGUAGCAAAGUCACACCUGUCCAAUUCCCUGAGCUUUGCUCACUCAGCUAAUGGGAUGGCAAAGGUGGUGGUGCUUUCAUCUUCCAGCAGAAGCCUCUCCCCAUCCUCCUCAAGGGCUGCAGGCCCAGUUCUCAUGCUGCCCUUGGGUGGGCAUCUGUUAACAGAGGAGAAUGUCUGGGUGGUGGCAGCUUUGCUCUGAGUGCCUACAAAGCUAAUGCUUUGGUGCUAGAAACAUCAUCAUUAUUAAACUUUAGAAAAGCAGCAGCCGUGUUCAGUCAGGCUCAUGCUGCCUCACUGCUUAAGUGCCUGCAGGAGCCGCCUGCCAAGCUCCCCUUCCUAUACCUGGCACACUGAGGGGUCUGCACAAGGCUUUGUCAACCAAAGACAGCUUCCCCCUUUUGAUUGCCUGUAGACUUUGGAGCCAAGAAACACUCUGUGUGACUCUACACACACUUCAGGUGGUUUGUGCUUCAAAGUCAUUGAUGCAAUUUAAAAGGAAACAGUUUAAUGGUGGAAAUGAACUACAAUUUAUAACUUCUGUUUUUUUUAUUGAGAAAAUGAUUCACGAAUUCCAAAUCAGAUUGCCAGGAAGAAAUAGGACGUGAUCAUACUGGGCCCUGUGAUUCUCCCAGCCCUUGCAGUCCACUAGGUGAGAGGAAAAGCUCUUUACUUCCACCCCUGGCAGGGACUUCUGGGUGAUGGGAGAAACCAGAGAUGGGAAUGAGGAAAAUAUGAACUACAGCAGAAGCCCCUGGGCAGCUGUAAUGGAGCCCCUGACGUUACUCUUCUCUCAUCUGUCCUGCCUUCUUUCCCUCUGCGAGGCUGUGGGGCGGGAUUCAGAGUGCUUAGUCUGCUCACUGGGAGAAGAAGAGUUCCUGCACAAGCAAGCCCUGCUGUGUGGCUGUCGUUUACAUUUGGGAGGUGUCCUGUAUGUCUGUACGUUGGGGACGGUCUGUAUUUGGAAGAUUUAAAAACCUAGCAUCCUGUUCUCACCCUCUAAGCUGCAUUGAGAAAUGACUCGUCUCUGUAUUUGUAUUAAGCCUUAACACUUUUUUUAAGUGCGUUCGGUGCCAACAUUUUUCUAGAGCUGUACCAAAACAAAAAGCCUGUACUCACAUCACAAUGUCAUUUUGAUAGGAGCGUUUUGUUAUUUUUACAAGGCAGAAUGGGGUGUAACAGUUGAAUUAAACUUAGCAAUCACGUGCUCAGA